AUUGAAAUGUGUUAUUCGCUUAUUGGGCUUUAGCCAUUCUCAUGUGACCAAUUUUGAGGUAAACUCAAACCAAUUUGCCACUGACUAUGCCUUUAAAGUUUGAACCUUUCUUUUUUUUAAAAAAAAAAGCAAACAACAAACAAACCAAAUUUUACAAAUCCUUCUAUAACCCCAAAAGGAAGAAGAGAAGAGAGAAAAAGCAAAAAGACAAAACUCACUCUCUGCGUCGAUUCAAACACAGAACUCAGUGACUAUAAUUAACAAUGUAUCAAGAUCGACAAGGCGUUGUAGGAGGAGGAGGCGGCGGUGGCGGAUCUGCGCCACACGGAAUCAUACUCGUCGUCGUCGUUGCAUUGGUUGUACUCGUUCCGUUCUUCAUCGGAGACGGUGGUGAAGCCAUUACAGAUGCGAUCGCAGAGCUUCUAAGUCCGGUGGGACUUCUCUUGCUUCCCAUCGUCCUCCUCCUCGUCAUCCAGUUUCUCUCGUCGGAACGUGGUUCUUUCGUCUCGGCCAUUUUCUCCACCGGAGAACCCGAGUCGAUUCACCGUGUUAGUGGUUCUCCCGUCGGUGUCGCUCUGUUCCUCGUACUCAUCUUGUUCUUACUCUACAACCGCUUCUCCAUCUUCGGCGGAAACGAUGACUCCGAUGACUGAUGCGACGUCGUUUUUUCAGAUCUAGUUGUUUUUUUUUUUUUCUUUAUUCGCUUUUUUUUUUUAAUGUUUUUGGUUGUAUUUUGUCUGACGGUUGAAGUCAAAAAAACUAUACAGCCACAGUUUCCAUGUAAUGUAGGUCUAUGCACGUGAGAGUCACGUGACAUUGCUGAUGAUGAUGAGUAGUAGUGCACUGAGAGAGAGGUUUGUAAUUUUUGUAUUCUUUUACGUAUAAAUUGCCAACAUACGUGACA